CGCAUGUAUUUUUUAAUUCGAAAGUAAAACGCACGAAAAAAGUGAAACCGCUCGUGACAAGGAAACAAAAGAGAUAUGUUGUGUGGCCCUCUCGUACUGCACCAGCGUAAUGACUAGGCACGAAGAGGACGACACUUACAGAUGGAGGCUUAUUGUAAUCUUUGGACCCGCUGACAUUUUAUGUAAACAUCCAAACUAAAGUGUAGUCGAACUUGAGUGUCGCUCAAUGAGCCUGGAUUGAACAAGCGGUCGACAAUGGACGGAACGCUGACAUUGUUUGUGCUCCUUUCAACAGCUGUCGUGGCCGCACUUGGUGGGGGGAAGCUGGAGCUGCGAUUCAUAAGCUACGUCAACCCGAGAGGGCUGGGGUCGAACGGCCACUGUUGCGACGGCAGGUCCAUCUUCUGCUUCAGCUCCUGCGACCACUACUUCACUGUUUGUUUGGACAAUAGGAAUGGACCGAACAACAUGGUUUCUUGUCCACACGGUUUGACGCGCACUGGCGUCAUAAAUGACGCGGACACGAUAACGUUUUGGAGCAGCAUCGGCGGAACGACGAAUCCUUUGACAUUCUCUUUCACCACGUGGCCUGGUUCCAUAAAAGUGAAAAUUGAGGUUCAAGACCAUGACGACAACUCAAACGACUAUGUUGAUUUCAUACCGUCCCAAAUCGAAGCCAAGCCGGCAAGCAAUCGUGAUCAAUCACCGGAAGUGAGAUUCGAAAUGAACCAGCGUACAAGACUGUCUCUAGCGUACCGCCUGUACUGUGACGUCAACUACUACGGUUCCCAGUGCGAUGUCUAUUGCGUGCCCAACGACGACGUACGCGGUCAUUACACCUGUGACAAGAACACUGGAAAGAGAACCUGCAUCGACGGUUGGUCUGGUGACCAGUGCAAUAUUGACAAAGACGACUGCUUUGGUAACCUGUGCAAGAACAGGGCUCGAUGCGUGGAUAGGUUUAAAAGCUACGACUGCGAUUGUAAAGACACCGGAUACAAAGGUACAUUUUGUGAAACGGACAUUGAUGAAUGUGUUAUACAGCCCUGUGAAAAUGGCGGGACUUGCAUAAACACGCCAGGAAACUACACGUGUUCCUGUUCGCCAUCUUGGACCGGUGCACAUUGCGAAACCACUUCGAACAUUUGUAUCAGUAAGCCCUGCGAACAUCAAGGAGAGUGUAUUCCAGAUGGCAUCUCAUUUAGAUGUAAUUGUACAGGUGGGUGGACGGGAAUGAGAUGCAACAUAAAUAUCAACGAGUGUAAGGAAAGACCCCGCUGCAAGAACGGUGGAACGUGCAUAGACCUAAUGGGAUCCUACCAGUGUGUCUGCAUAUAUGGAUUUGAAGGAAAUCAUUGUCAGGUAAACAUUGACGACUGCAAGUCCAAUCCUUGCAUUCACAACUCGAUCUGUGUUGAUCUCGUCAAUAACUAUCGCUGCGACUGCAAGCCUGGCAUGACUGGCAGCUUCUGCGAAAACGAUAUACCCGAGUGCGAGUCCCAUCCGUGCAAGAACAACGCAACGUGCGAGGAGUUCAUAGGCGGGUUCAACUGUACAUGCGCACGAGGAUUUGAUGGACAUCUGUGUGAAAAUAAUUUAGAUGACUGCGAUCCGAUGCCGUGCAUGAACGGAGCAAGUUGCGUAGAUGGUGCCGAUUCGUACGCCUGUAUUUGCCCCAAAGGGUUUGAAGGUUCCCAUUGCGAGGCGGAUGUGAACGAAUGUGAACUGAAUACUAGGCUUUGUCAGAACAAUGCGGUUUGCAUUAAUACGGAUGGGUCGUUCGUUUGUGAUUGCCUCGAAGGAUUCACGGGCGAAAUAUGCGACACUGAUAUUAAUGAAUGUGAAUCUAACCCGUGUUCGAAUAAUGGCACCUGCGAAAACCGGAUAGGUCCUUUUGCAUGUCUUUGCCCUAAAGAAUUCAAAGGACAGUUUUGCGAACGUGAAGUCGAUGAAUGCGAAUCGACGCCUUGUGAACACGGAGGAUCAUGUACGGACGCCGUUGGUGGUUUCUAUUGUCAAUGUGCUCCGGGUUUCGAUGGGGGAACGUGUGCAAUAAAUGUGAACGACUGUGAUGAAAUUAAGUGCCAGAAUGGCGGAACGUGUGUAGAUUUGGUUAAUGAUUACUCGUGCCUUUGUGCACACGGUUUCUCUGGAAAAGGAUGCGAGUAUGAUAUCGAUGAGUGUGUUGAUAAGCCUUGUAUGAAUAAUGGAACGUGUGUUGAUCAAGUAGGUGACUUUGUUUGUGUCUGUGGUAAUGGUUUUACUUCCAAAUUGUGUAACACAAACAUUGACGACUGCAAUGGGUCCCCGUGUAAGAACAACGCAACAUGUGUAGAUUUCGUGGCCGGUUUCUCAUGUCUUUGCCCAAAGGGUUUUACGGGUAAUGUUUGUAAAGAGGAAAUAAAUGAAUGCAGGUCAAACCCAUGUCUUCAUAACGGCUCUUGUGUCGACCUAAUUAAUUCAUUUAAAUGUAUUUGCCAACCCGGAUUCACUGAUAUAUCAUGUGCAAUGGAUAUUAAUGAAUGUUCUUCAUAUCCAUGUAGAAACAAUGGAACCUGUUCAGAUUUAAUGAAUUCGUUUUCUUGCCAUUGUGCUGACGGCUUUACGGACCUUACAUGCGGAACUAACAUCAAUGAAUGUGAAGGGAUCACCUGCCAUAACCAUGGAAUCUGCAUCGAUGGGGUAGGAAAAUUUGUUUGCGAUUGUGAAGCGGGUUUUACUGGAGAUGAAUGCGAACUUGACGUGGAUGAAUGUUCAAAUGUUACCUGUCAAAACAACGGUACAUGUGUUGACUUAAUUGCUGCUUUCAAAUGUCAAUGUAUGCAUGGCUUUACUAACACUUAUUGUGAAUCAGAUAUCGAUGAAUGCGUCAACGUUAAGUGUCUUAAUGAUGGUUCAUGCCUGGAUCUUGUUGGAGGAUACAGAUGUCAAUGCGCCAAUGGGUUUGCUGGAAAUAAUUGUGAAACAGAUAUUAAUGAAUGCGAACAUACGGAGUGUGAAAAUAAUGGUACAUGCGUAGAUCUUGUUGGUGAUUACAAAUGUCUAUGCGCCAACGGCUUUACGGGCAAUAAUUGUAAAACAGACAUUAAUGAAUGUGAAAAUGCUAUUUGUUUAAAUAAUGGAACAUGCGUGGAUACAAUAGCGAAUUACACGUGCAGUUGUAUCAAAGGAUUUACUGGAAUUCAUUGUGAAAGUGACAUAAAUGAAUGCGAAAGCGUUACAUGCCAAAAUACUGGCACUUGUGCGGACUUUGUGGGGGGUUUCAAAUGUAUUUGUGCUAAUGGAUUCACCGGUACACACUGUGAAACGGAUCUAAAUGAAUGUCUUCAUGUGAUAUGCGAAAACUAUGGAACUUGUUUGGACUUAGCAAAUGAUUUCAAAUGUUUAUGUGCCCCAGGGUAUACUGGUGAUAAUUGUGAAACCGAAGUUAACGAAUGUCUGAAUGUUUUAUGCCAAAAUAAUGGAACAUGUUUAGACUUGUUAGGAGAAUUCCAAUGCCAAUGUGCAAAAGGAUAUACUGGUUUUAAUUGCGAAACUGAAAUAAAUGAAUGCCUAAGUGUAACAUGCAAGCAUAAUGGAACUUGUUUGAACCUUGUACAUGAUUUCAAAUGCCAAUGCCGAAAAGGUUUUACUGGUAAAUAUUGUGAAACUGAACAAAAUGAAUGCAUCAAUGUAACAUGCCAAAAUAAUGGAACUUGUUUAGACUUAACGGGUGAAUUCAAAUGUCAAUGUACCAAAGGAUAUAUUGGUAUACAAUGUGAAAGCAAUAUAAAUGAAUGCCUAAAUGUAUCAUGCCAAAAUAAUGGAACUUGUGUGGACUUACUUGGUGAAUUCAAAUGUCAAUGUGGCAAAGGAUAUACUGGUGUACACUGUGAAAGCGAUAUAAAUGAAUGCCUCAAUGUAUCAUGCCAAAAUUACGGGACAUGUGUGGAUCUCGUAGGGAAAUUCUAUUGCAAAUGUUCGGAUGGUUUUACUGGACAUACAUGUGCUGAAAACAUCGAUGACUGUGCUGACAAUCCCUGCAUCAAUGGUGGGAGUUGCAAAGAUCUCGUUGCGAGUUACAAAUGCAUCUGUGCACCAGGGUUUUCAGGGAAAACAUGUUCUGAAAAUAUUGACGAAUGCUUGUCGAAUCCAUGCAAAAAUAAUGGAACAUGUAAAGAUGGUUUAAACGGAUUUGCGUGCGCUUGUGUGCAAGGUUUUCAAGGAGACAUCUGUGGAAUCGAUGUUAAUGAAUGCGAUGACGACGUGCAGCCAUGCUUAAAUGGUGGAACGUGCGAAAAUGGGCUCGGUGUCUACAGCUGCAUAUGUUCUGAUGGGUUCUCAGGACAAAGAUGCGAAUAUGACAAAGAUGAAUGCGAAUCCAAGCCAUGCAUCAAUGGCGGAACGUGUCAAAAUGUGAUUGGGGGAUUUGUGUGCAAUUGCCAUAAAGGGUUUUCUGGGAAAACCUGUGAACAGUACAUAGAUGAAUGUACGACGACACCAACGCCUUGCUUGAAUGGUGGAUCGUGCCUAAAUUUAAUUGGUAACUAUGCAUGCGCAUGUAACCUGUCUUUUACAGGGCUCGCAUGUGAAACCGAUGUUCAUGAGUGUCGUUUUAGCGCGUGCCAGAACGGAGGUAUUUGCGAGAACGUGCAUGGCUCGUUUAUUUGUAAUUGCAUGCCUGGGUUUGACGGCAACGAUUGCCAGCAUGACGUUAAUGAAUGCGAGUUUGAUGUAUGUAGCAACAAUGGAGUUUGUGUAAAUAAUAUAGGCUCUUUUUCCUGUAUUUGUGGUACCGGUUACACCGGCAAAGUUUGUACUCAGGAAAUUAACGAAUGUGAAAGCUCACCAUGCAAAAAUAAUGGUACAUGUGUUGAUAAAAUAAGAAAUUAUGAAUGUUCGUGUCCAAAAGGGUUCGGGGGGCAAACUUGUGAGGAAGAUUUAAACGAAUGCGUCAAAAAUACAUGUAAAAACAACGGGACUUGUUUUGAUUUACCAGGCGACUUUGAAUGUCAUUGCAGUCCAUUGUUCUCUGGAAAAACGUGUGAGUCUGACAUAAAUGAAUGUGCCUUUGAAAUAUGUGACAAUAAUGGUACAUGUGUUAACACUCACGGUGAUUUUAAUUGUAAAUGUGGGAUUGGUUUCGAAGGCAUAUUUUGCGAAACAGACGUCAAUGAAUGCUAUUUGAAUCCGUGUGUCAAUGGUGGUCAAUGCACAAACCUUUACGGUAGCUAUACUUGUUUUUGCCCCAGUGGCGUUACCGGUGUAACUUGUGAAAGCGAUAUCAACGAAUGUGGUAUAGGAAUUUGCAAAAAUGAAGUAAGUUGUAAGAAUGUCUUUGGUUCUUAUAUAUGCGAAUGCAAAUCUGGUUUUGAGGGAAAGAAUUGUAGUGAGGACAUUAACGAAUGCAACAGCAAUGUUUGUAAAAAUGAAGGCCGGUGUGUUAAUACUCUGGGGUCUUUUUCGUGCGACUGUACUCAGGGUUAUACAGGAGACUUAUGUCAAUAUGACAUUGAUGAAUGCCUCGUGGUUUCUGGGCAUUGUGUCCAUGGAACUUGUAAAAACACUCAGGGUUUUUAUAUUUGCACUUGUGAUAUUGGUUAUUCGGGUUUUUCUUGUUUAGAUGAUAUUAAUGAAUGCAAAGAUUCCAUUUUGUGUCAAAAUGGGGGAAUCUGUGUCAACAAUCCAGGUUCAUUUUCUUGCAUAUGUGAUAGCAGAUUUACAGGAACUUUCUGUGAAUCCGACGUGAACGAAUGUCUUUCGGAGGUUUGUUCAAACAAUGGGACAUGCAGAAACGUAAUAGGCUCUUUUUUGUGCGAAUGUCAAACAGGAUUUGAAGGAAAAUACUGUGAAACAGACGAAAAUGAGUGUGUCGGAAGCGUUUGUCACAACGGUGGAUCUUGUGUCAAUAUGUUAGGGUCUUACCGUUGCGAGUGCAUGGUGGGAUUUGUAGGCGAUGAUUGCUCAUUAGUAAAAGACUUUUGCCUCGGUGUUCAAUGUGAAAACGGCGGCGUCUGUAUCAAUAGUUACAAAACAUUUCAGUGCGUAUGUGAAACGGGUUUCCGAGGAGAGCUGUGCGACAUGAAUGUAAAUGAAUGCUCAGGAUCGGUUUGUUUAAAUGGUGGUCAGUGCAUUAACACUCUUGGGAGUUUUAAUUGUUUGUGUACUCCAGGUUAUACAGGGCAGAACUGUGUUUCUGACAUAGACGAAUGUGAACUUUUAACAUGUCAAAACAAUGCUGCUUGUGAAAAUCUACAUGGGUCGUUUAACUGCACUUGCCAGAGUGGGUAUACGGGUCGGCUUUGUGAGAAUGACCUGAACGAAUGUCAAAGAAAUCCUUGUUUGAAUUCCGGCCGUUGUAUCAAUACACUCGGUUCUUACGCAUGCCAGUGUCAAGCUGAGUGGACCGGAGAAUCGUGUGAAAGGGAUGAGAAUGAGUGUAUUGCCAGAAAUCCUUGCGAGAACAACGCAACCUGUAUAAAUACCAUUGGAAAUUAUACGUGUAAAUGUGCACGCGGCUUCGAAGGACGGCAUUGUGAUCGCGAUGUAGACGAAUGCAACGACAAUCCCUGUCGUAAUGUCGGAAACUGUAUAAAUACCCUUGGCUGGUUUAUUUGUGAGUGCAUAGAAGGUUUCACGGGUACUGACUGUAGUGAAGACAUUAAUGAAUGUCUAUUAAGAAAUCCAUGCAUGAAAAACAGUUCUUGUUUUAAUACUUUCGGUUCUUUCAUUUGCAAUUGCAGAACCGGUUUCACUGGUAACAAUUGCCAAGAUGACAUUGACGAAUGCGCGGUUCAGUCUGAUGCUUGUGAUCAUGGCAUGGAAUGCGUUAACACAGUGGGUUCAUUUCAGUGUCAUUGUCCGAUAGGUUUAUCGGGUCCCACGUGCUCAGACCUGAUAGCUGAUUGCAGACAGACCGGGUGUUCGCAUGUCAAGAAAUGCAUGUCUGUAAACAAUUCUUUCAAGUGCAUGUGUCCUGAUGAUGUGCCCGAAUGUGAAAUACAUCCUGAGCAACUGCAGAAAUCUAUGUUAGAACUAUGGGAAACCGGUGACAACGCUCGAGGGAGCGUUGGUAAAGCUGAUAAGCAGGGGGCGGAGGAAAAGUUAAGUUGGGUUGAUUCUAACUGGUACGUGAUACUGAUACUCAGUGCGGCCACACUCGCCUUGAUCUUCAUCCCUGCGGCAAUUGCAAUAAAGAAGCGCAGGCAUAAGCGAGCUCGAGCUAUCGACAUGAUCAACUACUAUCCGACCCAGGAAGAGCUAGCGGUGCACGGAUUCGACAACCAGCUGUACGGAAUGGAGAUCUUUCAGCCCGUUGAAAUCGUCACCGACAAUCAGGCGACGAGUUCUCAUCAGCAGCCGAAUUCAUUUGGACAUUGAAUUAUCGGGGAAAUACAUCUUGUGCGGGCACCGGCCAAAAUCCUUUAAUAUUGAAUACUACGUAAUUAAUAGAAAAAAAAAUAAAAACCGAUUUAAGAACAGUCGGCCGAAAUACUUCGGCUAUUGAAUUAUCGUUAGAGUUAAUACACACAGGGAAUCCGUCGUCCAAAAUCCUUUGUGUAUUGAAUUUAAUUUAAUUGCAAUUAAUAUACGAAACAACUCAUCAAACUGAUCAAAACACUCAGCCCGUACACAAGAAAAAAACGUUAAGGGUCGCCACAACAAUUUGGGGUCUGACGGGUUUGUGGAAACACUCAUUUUGUACACCUUACUGUAGCGAUUCGAUCGAUUUGAAGACUAGUUGCACCAUUUUUAGUCAAGUAUACAUUGAUGAGGCGCUUGCUUUAAAUACUUAGUACCUCGUUCUAUCAACCAAAGUGUUUUGUUGGACAUUGCCAUGAAGUGGAUUGUGGUUCAUUCGUAUGCAUGUUAUCACAGGGACCAAUGCUUUACCAAAGCGAUGGUAUUUUGAAACAUUUUUUUCUCAAGACGAAGCUUUGAAUGAAUACAUAUGGACCAUGUGUCCGUCGAAUAAAACAUCGUUUGGACAUGUUUACAUUACAUGUAUAUUAUGUUGUUUGAAACAAUGUGAUGGCUUGUAAUCUCUAUAUGUGAAUACUUAAUUUUAUAUCAAAAUAUGCAUACUUUUGAUCCACCAUGCAUGUAUAUAUGUUUCAGAUAAUUAAGUGCAUAUUAUAUGAAUUAUCCGUGUUUUCAGAGUGUGUGCUAUUGCAAUUUGCCGUAAAUAUGCUAUGUCAAUACAAACAUUUAAAUUUAA